AUGGCCACAUCCAAUUUCAAAGGGGCAGGGAAAUGCAAUGGCAUCGUGUGCUUUGAUGAAGAAGCAGAGUAUCUGUCAAGAGGAGUUUCUGAAAAGCAAGGGCCUCGACCUGUCGAAAGAGAACUGACCGGCCAGUACAAUUUACUCCCAGGAAGCCUCAAGGCGCUCCCCGGGCCCCGACCACAGCCCCCUGACCUCACAAACCAUGAAGAACACCCUGGAACUUCUGCAGUCGUUUUUCCAAGGCCCAGUGGGCGCGAGCGAGCCCCCAGGACGAGGAGGCGGCCGAGGACCUGCGCGUGGAGCGGGCCUACCUGCCGUCGGCCGGAGAGCACACGCAGGCCUGCAGAGGCAUAUCCCUGUCCUCCACCCCGUCGGGCCGGCGGCUGGGUCUCUGCCGCGUGGACGCCGCGUGACAGGACCUCGCGGGUGUCCCUUGCACCUCCCGUUGAGCGCUUUGGUGAAACGCAAACGGAAGUGGUGAGGGCGCUCGAGCGGAAGUUGGCAGCAAAGAUGAUCAAGGAGCUGAAUGACUACCACGACCUGGAGCCAGUAGUUCAGCAGAUGGAGGAAAACCUCCUGCUGAUUGUUGAAGCAGAAAAUCACUACAUGAAACUGGAACAGAAAGCAAGUUUGGUCCAGGCGUAGGGCUCCCAAUUCCAGGGCGAGAACGAAGGCCGGUGGUUGGGCCUAGGCGCCAGCCUGGUGGUGGUGAGCAGAACGGAGAGACGAUCUUGCAGAACGUCCCAUCGUCAUGCACAGCGCACUUGCUUCCGUAAAGUAAAGCAGCUGGUUUGUGGAGCUGGAACGUUGGCCCUGGCUGCUGAAAUCCUCAAAUCUAGAGACAGAACUUCUGCAAGUAAAGAUGAGGAGGACUCUUGA